AUGAAUUGCUUCUCCUUUGGCGAAAAGGAAGAAGAUAUUACUUCAAUUUCGAAUGAAGAAGAUGAAUUGAUUGCAAGGAUUAACGAAGAUGCAGAAAAUAUAAAUAGAGGCAAAUCAUUGUCAGAUGUACCACUUGAAAACCUGUCCAUUUUUGCUACAGAAUCUCAAGCUAAGGUUAUAGAGUUUCCUCCAGAAAUGAACAAGAUACUAGUUGUCAAGGCUGGUCCGGGAAGUGGAAAAACUAGUACCAUUGUGAAAAGAAUUGCAUAUUUGAUAAGUAUUGGUAAGUUGAAGCCAGAGGAAAUUUUGGUGCUAUCUAUGGCUAACAGAUCGGUAAAUUCGUUAAAAAAAUAUCUAAUUAAUACAUUGGGGGAAGAUAUAACUAGCGGUAUCAGUAUCAAUACCUUUCAUUCAUUUUGUGGGGGUUUAGUCGACCAGUAUGGGGAUCAAUAUUCUUCGUCGUUUAGAAAAAAGACAUUAAUGGAUGAUUUAAGCUGGCGUAGUUUUUCUAAUAUAUUUCUGGGAAAAUCUAUUAGUUUAAGCGGUAGAACAGUGGAAGGUAACUUGACUCCGCUGUCGUUAGAAAAAUUACUUAUCGCAGUGAAAAGUGGAAAUUUAACCAUACCACAGGCAGCUUACAAGUACAAGGUUAGUAAGGAAUACAUUGAGGCAUUAAUUAUGUACUUGGAAAACAACGGUAUGAUAAGAUACCACGAUUUGCUUGUAAAUGCUUUGGAGCUAAUGGAUUUAUCAUUACAGCCACAAGCUGUUGGAAAUAUGAACUUAAUUCCCCAACUUAAAAAUUACAAAGCUAUAAUAGUCGAUGAAUUCCAAGAUAUUCAUCCACAAUUACUACUGAUAGUGAAAGCGGUCAUUGAGUAUCCUACUUCUGGCUUCUGUAAGGGAGAUAUGAAACAUUUAACGAUCGCUGGCGAUCCUAAUCAGAGUAUUUACGAGUUUCUAGGCUCAAAGCCAGAAUUAAUUCACAAAAUUCAAGAUGAAAUUCCAGGUGGUGAAGUUACCCAGCUAUCUAUAAACGAGUCAUUCCGUAUUACUCCUGAAAUCUUGAAUGCAGUAACCGAAAUUUGUUUAAAACCCGCUGGUCUAUUUGAUCCUGCUCAAGAACUUAGGUCAAUUCGUGGUCAUGGCCACAAACCUAUAAUUAGUAUGCACAUCUCAAAUAAGGACGAAUAUGCAUUUAUAGCGAGUGAGGUUACCAGACUAAUUUGUGAACUGGGCGGGUUAUUAAACCCUUCUGAUUUUGCAAUCCUUACAAGGUCCAAUAAGGAGAUAGAAGAAAUAUCAAAGUUUUUAACUGAAACUUAUAAUAUUAAGUGUAAUAGAUUUUCACUGUCAGCUUCGUGGAUUAAAUCUAAAGUACAUAUUUUACUAGAUAUUUUGAAUGUCAUAAGCAAGGGCCCUAGCUCAGAUUUUGGUUUAUUAUGUGUCAUAUCGAUUUUAGACCGAAAAUUUGGAAGCUCUUCCCGAGUAUCAAAGUUAUUCAACGUAAGCAAUAAAUGGAAAGUAAAUGGGGGAUUAGAGACGAGAGAAAAUGCAUUAGAAGAGUAUAUAAUACAUGAAUUGGAAUUUCUCGAUAUACAGGUUGAAGAAAAUCAAGUUACCGUUAAAAAGAAGAAGAAAUCGUUACAUGAUAUCACGGAUAUUUACAAAAUCCCAAAAUAUAAUAACGAGAUAUUACGUUUAAAGACAUUUAUGGAUUCUAUUCGAUCCGUAAGAAGGGAUCUAAUUCAAAAUACUCAAGAAUCCCAGAAUCCAACCAACAUUUUAAGUUCAUUACUACGAGUACUUAGUGACCUGGAAUUAUUAGAAUAUCUAAAUCUGCCAGAAUUAUCGAAAUCACGUAGUACUAAACAACCAGACAGUAUUGAUAUCGAGAAAGACUAUAAAAGUUUAUUGAAGACCUAUUUACAAUCCUUUAAUAAGUCUUUAAAAUAUUCAUAUGAAUGCUAUAUGGAACAGAAUUCACUUACCAAAUCAGAAAAGCUGUUUGUAGAGUACUUUUUACGCAGUUAUAAUGACGAGAUUCCAACUAUGGAUAGAGAGAUGGUCAACCUUUCUACUGUACAUACUGCAAAAGGAUUAGAAUUUCCAGUAGUUUUUAUCGCUGGAGCACCACAGAACGCAAAAUCGCUGUCAUUUUGGGAUUCACUUCUACUCGAUCGAUUAGAACCUCAUGCACAAAGUAAGGCAAGGUUAUUCUACGUUGCUUGUACAAGGGCAAGGAAUUUGUUGUAUAUUGGAACAAAUAAGCGCUUUGAUACACUUCUGCCAAGUGCUUUUAAUAGCUUAACACCUGAGUUACCUGAUAUGAACUCAGUAAUCAAUGCUAAAUAUACCUUGUUGGAAAGUUUAGCACAAGAUUUACAUAGAAAAGUGCCAGAUAGAUCAAAAAUAAAUGAAGGAAAACAAUUAUUUAAUGAGUUUACUUCACUUGGAUUACUUCGAAAGAAGUCUACAAAUCUUAGUCAAAUUAGACAAUUUCAUACAUUUGUGAACAUAAAACCGAGACUCUAUAAAUCAUUUAUAAACUUUGGUGGGUUCUUAAUGAGGAGAUAG